AUGGCGGCGGGGCGGGGCUGGCAGCGGAAGCGGCCGUCGGCCGGCUGACCGGUGCACCAUGGCGGCUGCGGCCGCCUCCCCGGCGUUGAAGCGACUGGAUCUGCGCGACCCUGCGGCGCUUUUCGAGACUCAUGGGGCUGAGGAGAUCCGCGGGCUGGAGCGCCAGGUUAGGGCCGAGAUCGAGCACAAGAAGGAGGAGCUGCGGCAGAUGGUGGGAGAGCGGUACCGCGACCUGAUCGAGGCGGCAGACACCAUCGGGCAGAUGCGCCGCUGCGCUGAGGGGCUGGUAGACGCCGUGAAGGCCACCGACCAGUACUGCGCCCGCCUGCGCCAGGCCGGCUGGCCGCGGCCCCCGCGCGCCCCUCAGCCACAGCCACCAUCCCAGGAGAAGUUCUACAGCAUGGCUGCCCAGAUCAAACUACUCUUAGAAAUCCCUGAGAAGAUCUGGAGCUUCAUGGAAGCCUCUCAGUAUCUCCAUGCCACACAGCUCUACCUGCUCUGCUGCCACCUUCACAGUCUGCUCCAGCUGGAUUCUUCUAGUUCCCGAUACAACCCCAUCCUUUCCCGAUUUCCUAUACUCAUCCGGCAGGUAGCAGCAGCCAGCCACUUCCGAUCAACCAUUCUGCACGAAAGCAAGAUGCUACUCAAAUGCCAAGCUGUGUCUGACCAAGCUAUAGCUGAGGCCCUCUGCUCUAUAAUGCUCUUAGAAGAGAGUUCUCCCCGCCAAGCCCUCACCGACUUCCUGUUGGCCAGAAAGACAACUAUUCAGAAACUUCUCAACCAGCCACACCAUGGUGCUGGCAUCAAGGCCCAGAUUUGCUCUUUAGUGGAGUUGCUGGCCACCACUUUGAACCAGGCUCAUGCCCUUUUCUACACUUUGCCAGAAGAUCUGCUGCCAGAUCCAUCCCUGCCGUGUGGCUUGCUCUUCUCUACUCUGGAGACCAUCACAGGCCAGCAACCUACUGGGAAGGGCAUCAGUGUUCUGAAAGGGGAGAUGAAGCUCUGCAGCUGGUUCAGACGCCUGCCAGCAUCCGUCAUCGAGUUCCAGCCAGCACUCCGAACCCUUGCACAUCCCAUCAGCCAGGAGUACCUGAGAGACACGCUGCAGAAAUGGAUCCACAUGUGUAACGAAGACAUCAAAAACGGGAUCACCAACCUGCUUAUGUAUGUGAAGAGCAUGAAGGGUCUUGCAGGGAUCCGAGAUGCCAUGUGGGAGUUACUUACCAAUGAAUCCACCAGUCACAACUGGGAGGUGGUGUGUCAGAGGCUUCUGGAGAGGCCACUCUUAUUCUGGGAGGACAUGAUGCAGCAGCUCUUCCUGGACCGGUUACAGACUCUGACAAAAGAAGGCUUUGAAUCCAUCUCCAGGAGCUCCAAAGAACUCCUGGUCUCAGCUUUGCAGGAGCUUGAGAGCAGCACCAGCAACUCCACAUCAAAUAAGCACAUCCACUUUGAGCAGAACAUGUCUCUCUUCCUCUGGUCAGAGAGUCCUAGUGACCUGCCUCCAGAUGCUGCCUGGGUCAAUGUGGCAAACCGGGGUCAGUUUGCCAGUAGUGGCCUCUCAAUGAAAGCCCAAGCUAUCAGCCCUUAUGUACAGAACUUCUGCUCUGCCCUGGAUUCCAAACUGAAGGUUAAAUUGGAUGACCUCCUGGCUUACCUUCCCUCUGAUGAUGUGCCUCUGCCCAAGGAUGCUGUCGCCACUCAGACCAAGAGCUCUGCCUUUGACAGAUAUGCAGAUGCUGGGACUGUGCAGGCCAUGCUGCAGACGCACUCGGUGGCAUGCAUCAAGCACAUCCUGGAUGGCAUCCAGGUGGAGCUGCAGAACAUUGAGGAAGUUGUGCAAGGCCAGCAGGAUGUGCUCCAAGGCACCAAGCUGCACGCCGUGCUUUUCAUGGCCAGACUCUGCCAGUCUCUAGGAGAACUGUGCCCCCACCUGAAACAGUGUAUUGUGGGAAAGUCCAGGAGCUCUGACAAACCAUCAAGGGAGGCUAGGGCUCUGAAAAAGCAGGGGAAGAGCAAAGCCCAGGAAAUCCUUCCUGUGCAGGCCAAAUGGCAGGAAGUUAAAGAUGUGCUCCUCCAGCAGAGUGUGAUGGGCUAUCGGGUCUGGAGCUCAGCAGUCGUGAAGGUUCUGACUCAUGGAUUCACCCAGUCAUUGCUUUUAGAUGAUGCCGGUUCAGUCCUGGCCACAGCUACCAACUGGGAUGAAUUAGAAAUUCAAGAGGAGACAGAGUCUGGCAGCAGCGUCACAUCAAAGAUCAGACUUCCUACACAGCCAUCCUGGUAUGUACAGUCCUUCCUGUUCAGCUUAUGCCAGGAAAUUAACCGGGUUGGAGGUCAUGCUUUGCCAAAGGUGACACUGCAGGAGAUGCUGAAAAGCUGCAUGGUUCAAGUGGUAGCUGCCUAUGAGGAACUUUCUGAAGAAAAGCAGAUUAAGAGAGAAGGUGCAUUCCCAGUAACCCAGAACCGGGCACUGCAGCUCCUGUAUGACCUGCGCUACCUCAGCAUCGUUCUGACAGCCAAGAGUGAGGAGGCGAAGAGUGGCCGCAACAAACCAGACUCCAGGAUUGAGAAAGUGACUGACCACCUGGAGGCACUCAUCGAUCCAUUUGACCUGGACGUUUUCACACCACACUUCAACAGCAACCUCAACCACCUGGUGCAGCGGACUUCUGUUCUGUUUGGUUUGGUUACCGGCACUGAUAAUCAGUUCACCCCCCGGAGUGGCACAUUCAACUCCCAGGAACCCCACAACAUUCUGCCACUGGCAUCAAGUCAGAUCAGGUUUGGACUUCUUCCACUGAGCAUGACAAGCACUCGGAAGGCUAAAUCAACCAGCAGAAGCACUGAAACAAAAACCCAGGUUGGUCCCCCGGAACUCUCCAAAGCAGAUGACCCGAUGCAUCCUGGCUCCUUGUUCAGACAGCUCAUCAGCGAGGAAGAUGACUCAUCUGCAUCUUCAUUAUUCAAACUUGGCUGGCUCGCUAGUAUGACUAAGUAAUCGGGAACACUUCUAUUCUAAAUAAAUACUGCUGCAUUCUUUCUCCUACAGGUGCCUCUGCUCAUUUGUUUCAAAUCCACACCAAUCUUUCCAGUUUAAGUGAUGGAAUGAGGCCCCCUGUCACAUUAGGGGUGACUUCAAGCAAAAGCAAAUCCUUGUCCAAUACUUUGACAGUCUUGUUACUUCAGGUAUCAGUUCGGGCAGCUUAUGUUUCUUCAGUACUUGCAUGUGCCUUAAUUUUCACCACUGCAAGGGGAAUUUUCAGUGAGAUCACAUAAGCUUCUGAUACAAGUUUGUGAGUAAGACAGUCAUUACUACUCCUUGACUUUUGGAACUGUGCAAUAGAGUCUGGGGUGCAGACUCUGAAAGGAAUAUUGGUACAGAGUUAACCUGGGUACACAAGGACAUCCUCCCUAGAAAUACAAAUAUAUAACAGAGAAGAGACUAUUACUAGGGAGGGCGCUUCACUUCCACAGUCUAAACUGGAUGGAUCCAAUUAUUCUCCUGUUACAACAGAGUACUUUCCACAGAACAUGUACAUACUAAGAGGUAGUAUGGCAGUUAAUUUCAGUGCAAGACUGAAUCAAGCUUACUAUAUUUUGGGGAAGAAAAAAAAAAUACCCUUGUUUUUUUUCAUGGAAACUAGAUACUCUUUACUAGUUUAUUGAAUUAAAAAAUUGAAGAUCCCGCAUUUUUAAAAGGCCCUUUACAUAAAGUAGAACUUCUAAUUGACAGAUUUGAAGAUCAGUCUGAACUGGACACACUAUGGAUGCAACACACAGAUGAGAUUUCCUCACACCACUUCCUUGACAUGGAUUUGAAACCCUCCCUCAAAAGAAU